CAACAACAAUAACUCUACAACAACAAUGGAUCCAAAUUUAAUACCCUCUGUUAAACCAAUCACCAAGACUGGUAAAAUCUUUAAAGAACAAAAAACUCUCUCAGAAAGAAUGGAAGAAUCAAAGAAGGUUAGAGAGAAAUACAGUGAUCGUAUUCCUGUGAUUUGCGAAAAAUCAUCAGUUGAAAAGGAUUUGCCAUCCAUUGAUAAGAAUAAGUAUCUGGUACCUGCUGAUUUAACUGUGAGUCAAUUCGUAAUGGUUGUUAGAAAUAGAUUAUCAUUGAAUGAAACGACAUCUCUCUUCUUCUUUGUGGGCCGUGAUGUUUUAUUAUUACAAACUGAUGUAAUGAGUAAUGUUUAUGAGAGAUAUAGGGAUGAAGAUGGUUUCCUUUAUGUAACAUACAGUGGUCAAAAUACUCUUGGGUAAAUUAAUCCCUGAUGAUACUUAUUGUGAUCACGUGUGUUGAUGAUCAGAAUGAUCAAUCAGCUGUUUUUUCCCCCAACUCCGUUCUCCUUCCUUUUUUUGUAACCUUUAUUAAAAAACAAUUUU